AUGGCAAAGUACGAGGCAUGUAUCAUGGGAAUUCGUGAGGCCAUAGAUCGUAAAAUCAAGGUGCUAGAGGUAUAUGGAGACUCUGCAUUGGUGAUCUAUCAGUUCAAAGGGGAAUGGGAGACGAGAGAUCCCAAACUUAUCAAUUAUCGAAAGUUAGUUUUGGAAUUAAUUGAGCAGUUUGAUGACGUCACUUUCUUUUAUCUCCCGCGUGAUGAAAAUCAGAUGGCCGAUGCCCUGGCUACAUUAGCUUCUACGAUCAGAAUAAAUAAACAAGGUGAUAUGAAGCCAAUUCAGAUGAGUAUUUGUGAUGCUCCAACUCAUUGCUGCAAUAUAGGCGAAGAAGAUGAGAGAGAUAACCAUUCUUGGUAUCAUGACAUUCUGCGAUAUGUGAAGAAUCAUGAAUACCCCGAUCAAGCCACUGAAAAUGACAAGAGAAUAUUGAGAAGGCUCGCUAAUGACUAUAUCUUAGAUGGAGAAAUCCUGUAUAAAAAGAGGAAGGAUCAGAUACUAUUAAGGUGCGUUGACGCUGUGGAAGCGAAGAAAAUCUUGGAAGAAGUCCAUGAAGGUGUUUGUGGAAUGCAGGCCAAUGAGUUUACAAUGGCUAGGCAGAUCAUGAGAUUUGGGUACUACUGGUCUACGAUGGAGGGAGAUUGCAUCAGUUACGCCAAGAAGUGCCAUAAGUACCAAAUUUAUGGGGAUAAUGUAACAGCCUAA